AUGACUGACAGUCGCAAACAGAUUAAGAUAUACACUGGCGUGGUCAAGAGGACAACAAAGGAGAAGGAGUGCUACGAGAAGGAAGCAACCCAGCUGGCAGAGAAACUGGAGAAGAUGAAAGCAGAUGGAAAAGAUGAACAUGACAUUAAGAAGCAGGGAGAAGUGUUGCAGGAAUCCAGGUCAAUGGUUCCAGACACCACAAAGAGGCUGAAGAAAGCUGUCAAUGAUCUUUCUGAGCUCCUGAAAAAAGAGUCCGACCUUGAUGGAACAGAGGAGUAUACAGAGGCUGUGGCAGCAUUGAAGGCUGCAGAACCCCAUCUUGCCUAG